AUGCAGGCUGAAAUCAAGGCUCUUAAGGAUCAGCUAUCCGAAAUCGGGAGAAAGAAACGGAUAGCUGCAAUCUCCAGGGUUGGUAACUUCCACAGGAAGACCCUCUUGGUUGAUGACGGUUCAUUAGAAGCAGCCCUGUCAGCCGCGGUGGAUACUCAUGGAGCCAAGAUCCUUAACAACCCUCCAGUUGCCAUCGCAACUUGCCCUUCCGAACCAGGGUGUGAGGGAGAAAUAACCUCCUCUCCUUGUACAAAGAGGAAGGCUCCAGAUUCCGAUAAUCUAUCAAACGAGAGACUUAAAACCAUGAGAUUAAGUUCUCCCCCACGAGUCUCUAGCCCUCUAUGUUCUAUUUCUCCCUCUUCAGAACCUUUAAACUCCGAGCUUCCUCUUCCGGGUGACAGAGUAAUUUCAGAGGAAAUUGAUGAGCCGAGAUCGGAGGCUCCCCUAUCUCAAGGACUGAGUGUUAGGACUCAAAAUCCUUUACCCGCUUCGAUUUCAGGCGAAGAAGAGAUUGGAGACAUCUUCCAAAGUUUCCAAACCAGGCAAGGGGCGUCUCUUCCUCCAUUUUCGGUUUGGAGGCCGGAAGUACGUCAGAUGUUCGCCAAUCGAGCUUGCUACCUAUCCCAGGCGUUUAUGGAGACUAAUGGAAUGAUCUUCCAUUAUGAGAACCUUCUUCAUCAAGCGAAGAGAGAGACCGCAAAGGCUAAGAAGGAGGUUGAUGAUCUCAGAUUAGCCAACCAAUCCAAGCGACUUGAGCGGGAAAAAGCAUUCGAGUCGUCUUUUGAAAAUAUGAAGAAACCUCUAGCAGCUAACGAGCAACGCAUCAGAAUUCCGAAUGCUGAAAGAGAUUCUGCGAGGUCUAAUGCUCUUCGCUUGGAGGCUGAGAUAGAGGAGAAUACGACUUUGUUCGAAGAGGCAAAUCAAGAGAUCGAGCUUUUAACUAGGAACAGGGCUCGCGAUAUCGCUGAAGCCGAACAUAAUGCUCGAGAAGAGAUGAGGGGAUUCGGUAGGCAACUUAUUCAAUUUGUUACGAAGUUCAUCAAGGACGAAGAGGUCUGGACUAAACUUCUAACAGAUCAAGCCGAACUGAAGAGCAAUCUAGACCUUAUUAAGGAACUAGAGGCUGGGAGAGUUUCGUUCGAGAACGAGAGGAGCGAAGUUGCUGCCGAACUCGCUAUGGUUGAGUCCGAGUUAUCCUCGGCUUCCCGUCCUACUCUCGAUCUGAAACAAUUUUCUUUGGUAUUUGGAGAUUCCCCAUCUCAAUUCGAGGUAGGUGAAGGUUCUCGGCCACAUGAGGGUUCUCCAGAGGUGUAG